GCGGCAACCUCCCAAGAGCCUCGCAUGGGAGUGCUCGCCGAAAUUAUCCGCGUUGAGACAGAAAAGCUGGAAACUUAUCUCAAAGAAAACGGCAUCGCUCAACCGAGUUUUCAUGUAGACGCUCCUCUCGAUUUCCCCCACUUGCCCGACGAAAUUCAGGAGAGCCGCCAGAAGAUUGUUUUCGCCACUAAUGAGCUUGCGAAUCUCGUCAGGGGCCCUCGAGAGAGUGUGAGAUUUGGUGCAUGGAGUUAUCUGGACAGCUUGAGUCUGCAACUUAUCAACAGCUAUCAGCUUGCUAAGCUCGUCCCAUUGGACCGCCCUAUUUCGUUAAAAGAGCUUCAAUCCAAGACCACACUGGAACCCAUCUUUCUUGCUCGUACUCUACGCUAUGCUAUUACAAACUACAUGUUCCACGAGCCAUCUCCGGGCUAUAUUGCGCACACCGCCAAUUCUCGUGUUCUGGCCCAAGACUCUUCGCUUCAAGCCUGGGUUGGCUUCAACUCAGACAGCUGUUUCCCUGCCGCUGCCAAGGUGCCAGACGCGUUGAAGGGGCACCCUGAGGCCACCGAGCCAACUCAUGCAGGGUUCAACUAUGCUUUCGACACAGUAGGCAAAGAGCCCAUGUAUGCGACUCUUGCCAAGAGGCCCAUUGAAUCCGACCGCUUUGCCCGCGCCAUGGUAAGCUUCACACACGGAGAGGGCUAUGAAGUCAGCCACCUGGUGGACAAUUAUGACUUUUCAGACGUUGAUGCGCGUGGGGGCACAUUUGUGGAUAUUGGCGGCAGUCAUGGCUUUGUAUCGGACGCUUUGGCAAAGAAGUGGAAGAAGAUCAACUUUAUAGUGCAGGACAGGCAAGAGAUGGUGGAUUCUGCCCCAAAGCCCGUCUCUGAGGACCCAUCAGUGGCAGAAAGACUCUCUUUUCAAGUCCACGACUUCUUCAAAGAGCAGCCUGUCAAAGGCGCAGACGUCUAUUACUUCCGCUGGAUUCUUCACAACUAUUCUACGCCGUAUGCUGUUAAAAUCCUCAAAAGCCUCAUUCCUGCACUCAAGCCAGGGUCCCGCAUCGUCAUCAACGAUUACUGCAUCCGAGAGCCGGGGUCAGAGACUUUGUGGGAUGAUAAGCUUCUGAGAAGCCUGGAUAUGAUUAUGGGAGUUCUCUUCAACUCGCAAGAGCGAGACGAGCAGGAAUUCCGCGAUCUGUUCAAGGCUGCCGACCCUAGGUUUCACUUCAAGGGUGUCCUGAGAGUCGAAAAUUGUAAAAUGAGCGUUAUAGAGGCAGUAUGGGACGAGUAGGGUCUUGGACAAUUUGAAGGCACAAGGCGCAAGUAUACGAUGCAAAUUAUGGGCAAUGGGCAAUGGGCAAUUGGCAGGAAGCAAGAAGAUGGUUUUUCCAAAAUGUUCAUAUUUUACAAUAAGGCUCCAAUCUUUCAACAAGAAACACGCGUAAUUGGUUUAGUGGUAAAAUUCUCCGUUGCCAUCCGAGCAACGUCGGGGAGCCCUGGGUUCGAUU